UGGCGACUAAAUAUUGACACUUAAAUUUUUGACAAUGACAUUCAGCAGCAGAAGCAAGUGCUGAAUUUGAAGGAGAUGAAUAAGAUAGCACACUUUGUUGUUGAUAUGCUCCGAUACAGGAAUACGAUUUGGAGCCACAUCAUAUUCGAGCACGCAUCUACGUUUGAUACGCUUGCGAUGGAUCCAAAAAAGAAGAAGGAUAUAUUGGACGAUCUGAUUACGUUCAGCAAGUCUAAAGACUACUACAAGGAGGGACAUGGUUGGUUUGUAUCAUGGCCAGAGCCAAGAAAUUUUCUAGGCAGGGUCGAGUGACUAACGGAAAAGGCGGUGUAUCCGAAAACUUUGUAAUCAUCGAUUUUUCUGAUAUUUAAAUGAGUAAAACCAAUGAUGAUUAUAAAAAGUUGAUUGU